UAAACAAACACGGUCCUGACGAAGAUGGCGGAGAGUUUGUAGAGGCGUAAAAGAAAACUGCUCUACUCAAUGAAAGCGGCGGAACCGGAGAUGUUGAGACAUUGAAGACCCUGGAUGGAGCUUGUCUGGGGCUUGUUCUGGUUAAGGUGCUGAUAUGCGCUGAAGAUGAGUGGCAUAGGAGACAACUCGUUGGAGCCGCUGUGCUCCGACCGCAAACGUAAACUGUCCACCUGUGACACACCAGGCUUAGGGUGUGACAAGCGUCGGAGGGAACAGGAGAGCAAGUACAUUGAGGAGCUGGCUGAGCUCAUCUCUGCCAACCUCUCCAACAUCGACAGCUUCAACGUCAAGCCUGACAAAUGUGCCAUCCUGAAGGAGACAGUGAGACAGAUCCGACAAAUCAAAGAGCAAGGAAAGAGCUCUUGCAGUGACGAUGAUGUGCAGAAGGCUGAUGUGUCCUCCACUGGUCAAGGGGUCAUUGACAAGGAUCAUUUGGGACCACUGCUCCUACAGGCACUGGAUGGCUUCCUCUUUGUGGUUAAUCGCGAGGGCAGCAUUGUAUUUGUGUCAGACAACGUGACGCAGUACCUGCAGUACAAACAGGAGGAGCUGAUCAACACCAGUGUGUACAACAUCAUCCAUGAAGAGGACAGGGAGGAGUUUCACAAGAAUCUGCCCAAGUCCAAUGCACCAAACGGGGCAUCAUGGGGUGCAGAUGCACCACGGCAGAAGAGCCACACCUUCAACUGUCGUAUGCUGGUGAACUGUGUUCAUGGGAUGUCAGAGGAGAGGCCUGGAGGCCAACGCUACGAGACCAUGCAGUGUUUCGCCCUCACUCAGCCCCGAGCAAUGAUGGAGGAGGGAGAAGACUUGCAGUCCUGUAUGAUUUGUGUGGCACGGCGAAUCAUUGCAGUAGAGAGGAUGGAGAGGUUUAGCACUCGUCAUGAACUCUCUGGUAAACUGAUUGAGAUUGAACAGCAGAGCUCUCCUCACACCACCAUGCGUCCAGGCUGGGAGGACCUUGUGAGGCGCUGCAUGCAGAUGUUCCUCCAUCGAAGUGAGGGACAACCAUGGUCCUACAAACGCCACUAUCAAGAUGCUUUCCAUAACGGCCAGGCUGAGACCCCACUUUACCGCUUUUCGCUCUCUGACGGCACCCCGGUCACAGCCCAGACCAGAAGUGACCUCUGCAGGAACCCCAACACCAAUGAACCCCACUCUUUCCUCUCCACACAUUUGCUUCAGAGGGAACAGAAUGGCUAUCGUGGGAACCAGGGUGGAGGUUUAAGACCUCCUAACAUGGGGAACAAUCCGAAUCAGCAGAUGAACAUGGGCCCAGGAGGAGGCAUGGGCAUGAACAGGGGCUAUGGCAUGGCUGAACAGGGCAACAUGGCUCAAAGAGGAGUCCCCCCCUACACUGGGGGCAACCGCAUGAAUCCCAUGAACCAGAUGAAUCAAAUGAAUCCCAUGAAUCAGAUGAAUUCCAUGCAUCAAAUGAAUUCAAUGCAUCAAAUGAACAACAUGGGUCAGAUGAAUCAGAUGAAUUCCAUGCAUCCCAUGAACUCCCCCAUGAACUCCAUGAAUCAGAUGGGGCCCAUGAAUCAGAUGGGUCAUCACGGCAUGCACCAGCAGCAGCAUCAGCAGAUGGGUCAGUUCCAUGGAGGUGGAGGAGGACCUGGAGGGUAUGGGAUCGGAAUGACCAGUCCUCCACAGGUCAGUCCAGGGAUAAACGGCCCUCCACACAACGUCAUGGGCUCACCAAGGGUCAGAGGAAGCCCCAAGAUGGGUGCCAGCCCUUUUUCACCUGGAGGCAUGAACUCUCCUAUGAGCUCCAGUCACCCUGGUAACUCUGGAGCUGGAGGAGGAGGUACCACCUUCUCCAGCAGCUCUUUGAAUGCCCUCCAAGCCAUUAGUGAGGGCGUGGGUAAUCCCAUGCCCUCCCCCCUCACCUCUCCCCCUCCCCACAAGCCUGACAGCUCCCCAAGUAUCAACUCCACCAACCAGGCAGCAGGUGGCCCCUGUAAACCAGGCCUCCCAGCCUACUCUGACUCCAAGAGCCCAGGUAGCUCACUGGGGGCCGGAGGGGAGCAGCAGUCUCAACAGCACCCGCACACCCCAACAAGCGAAGGCCCCCCUGACAAACCGGACAGCCAGGUCAGCAGAGAAGCAGGACAAGCUGGAGGAGAAGCCAACCGACGUGUUCCUGACAACAAGUGCCACAAAAAGCUUCUGCAGCUCCUCACCUCCCCCACCGAUGAACUGGUGCCACCAAAUCACACCAGCGCAGCAUCAAGCUCCACCCCUGAAGCUAAAGACGGAACAGCUAGCGUCACUAGCCCCUCGUCUACAACAGGAGUGUCCUCCUCCACAGGUGGAAAUCAGAGUUCUGUUUCAUCCUCUGGUGGCCCAGGGCAUUUAUCAAGCCAGUCACUGCAGGAGAAGCACAAGAUCCUCCACAAGCUCCUGCAGAAUGGAAACACUCCGGACGAGGUGGCUCGCAUCACUGCUGAGGCUACUGGGAAAAGCAGCCUGGACUCAGGAGUGCCAGAGCCAGGACCUGCAGCCAUGGGAGGGGCAAAGGGAUCAGAGUCAAAGCAGGAGCAGCACAGCCCUAAGAAGGAGAAGCCUCACGCUCUUCUUCACUACCUCCUCAACAAGGACGACUCUAAGGAAGGAGGCGAUACCAAACCAAAACUGGAGGAUCUGGAGGGGAGAGGGGCCCAGGGUGCAGGGGUCAGCAGCUCAGAUCCCCACUGCCUGGAUGGGAAGGUCAAGUUGGAACCGUCUGAUGACACGGAGACCUUAGAGACCAUUCUGGGAGUACCAAGGAAUAACACAGGCUUCUACCCUGAACCUGACUCCAGAGCGGGGAAGGAAGUGGGAAACAAACAGGGGAAUAUGCCAGACAGUUUACAUGAUGGGGAGAGAGGCCCCAUGCCUCCAGCUCAGCGGGGUGCCUACCAGAGAGCCCUGUCCAUGGAUGCCAAGCCCAUGGGUGGAGAGGUGGCAGUGGGAGGAGGGCUGGCCGGUAGAAGGAAUGUGCCGUGUCCCACACUGAUUAAACAGGAGAACAUGGAUGCCUUGAUCAGACCAGGAGCUGUUCCAAAUGGAUUUCCAGGAGGAAUGAACGCAUGUACGCCACGAGGAAAUCUAAUUAGGGGUAUGGGCAGGGGAAUGGGAAUGCCUCAGCGCCCCCCAAUGUCAGCACCAGGAGACUGGGGUAUGCCAAGGUCCGGCAGCAGUCCUGUCACUGGACCAGGACAUCCUGGCAUGGGUCGCUCUGGUCCAAUGGGUGGGUCAAUGAUCAACCGCUCCAACAGUGUGCCUGGAAACACCCAGUCCAUAUUGCAGCAACAGCUAAUGGAUAUGGGUCCCAAUGAAGGUAAUAUAGGUAUAAAUCAGUUUGGAGGACAUGGACCUCUACCUCAGUCCCCCUCCUGGCCAGACUCAGCCAUGGGAAUGGAAAGACCACAGGGCACCACAAACAGGGAUCAGUUUGGACACCCUCUGGAGGAGCUGUUUGGGCCCCUGUCUAGCAGUGAGGGCCCGAGUGAUGAACGGACCCUUCUUGACCAGUUGGAUUCUCUGCUAAAUACUGCUGAUGUCAUUGCUCUCCAGGAAAUAGACCGAGCCCUUGGCAUCCCUGAAAUAGUAGGACAGACCCAGGGACCUGAAGGCCAUCAGCAAGGCCCUGACCAAGGCCAGGGUCAGUGCCCACCAUCAGAGUCUUUCUCAGGGCCAGACUCCUCCUUAGGUAUGGACCAAAAACCUAAUUUUAACCAAGGCUAUCCUGGGCCUCCAGGGCCCUCCUCCAUGGCGAUGCAGCCUGGUUAUGGGGGCAACACAAUGCAAGGCCAGUCUCCUGGAAGCUUCAACCCAAUGAUGAAUCAGAUGGGCCAGACAGGGGGCUUCCCUGGCAUGAACAACAUGGGCAACCCUCGUGCAAACAUGAUGCGACCUCGCAUGAUGACUGCCACCAAGCCUCUGCGACUCCAGCUGCAGCAGAGACUGCAAGGACAGCAGUUUAUGAAUCAGACCCGACAAGGCAUGAAGAUGGAACACGCCCCUGGAGGAAACCCUGCGAUGCAUCCAGGCAUGCAGCCUGGUAUGCAGCCUGGCAUGCAGCCUACAGGCAUGAGCGGUCAGCCUGGUUUCCUGAAUGCCCAGAUGAUGGCUCAACGAAGCCGGGAGAUGAUGACUAUGCAGAUGAGAAGGCAGCGGAUGAUGAUGCUGAUGCAACAGAGGCAGGAGCAGGGGGCAGCGAGAGGCUUCAGCCCUCCUCCAAACGUCACCGCACCAGGGGGCAUGGAGAGCUCCAUGGGUGGCCCCCCCAUGAACCAACCAGGACAGCAAGGCUUCAACUACGGAGGAAAUUAUGGCAUGAACCAGCAGGGGGAUCCAUCAUUCAUGGCUCCGGGUAGUAGCCCACCAGGAAACAUGAUGCAAGCACGAAUGGGAGGCCCUCCACAGAACACCAUGAUGCAGGGGAUGCAGGGAAAUCCACAGGGAGGGCCCAUGUACCCAUCAGGAGACAUGAAAGGCUGGCCACAGGGCGGCAUGCAGCGCAACAACUCAUACCCUCAGCAGCAGUUCCCCCAGCAAGGCAACCAGGGCCAGUUUGGACCCAUGAUGAUGAAUAAUGCAAUGGGCGGACCUGGGCCAGUCAGUGGGCCUGGUGCUGGACAGAUGGGUCAGAUGCCAGGACAGAGGCAGGGCCAGAUGCAAGGCCAAAUGGGCAUGAACCCCAUGGGGAUGGGAAGGAUGCCAAUGGGACCGGAUCAGAAGUAUUGCUGAUAAUCUGUAGCUGAGGGCAGAAUCUGGAGCCUGACAGCUGUAGCAGAGUGGUCUGAGCCCUGAGAAGAGCUGGACCUGGACUCUAACACAAACCUAGGAGGCGUUCUUCAGAACUAAACCUUGAUGCAGAAGAGACAGAAAAACCCACAGCUCAUCCUGGAGGAAAAAAAAAACGCGCUGGCCUUCAUCUCCAACUGACACCACACAUACUGUCACCUUGUUGAGGUGCUGCACAAACACUCACAUCCGUGUGUGCCUGUGCACAUUGUGUGUGUUCUUGUAAACGACCUGGAGCUGCCCGGCAGUAUUCAGUGUCACAGCUGGGCUACAGAACAGGACUAUGGUACAUCUGGCUGUGGCGGCACUUUACCUGGAGGCUUCUGAGCGGAAUAAAGAUUGAUGCAAUAUUUCUUCAUCAUUACAGCCUUACUAGAGAUUCAAUGCCUUCAUAACAAUGGGUUUCUGUUUUCUCUCUUAUCCUUUGGAUGCGCCUCAUUCUUGAAGUCAUUGGAAGCUAUAAGCACAGUUUUUUCCUAUGUUAUGCAGAUUGGAGCAAUAAGUCUUGCCUCUAUGCUUUAGACUGUAACUGAGCAUCAUAACCCCUUUUAUUAGCAAACAAAUGGUACUGCAGUAUUAGAUGUCUCAAAUGUCCUCUGUGAAUAUGAAUUGUAAAUAUUCUACAAAAUAUAUCAAACGUGCUUUUUAAAGGCCCAUUAUUGCACAAAGUAUGAGACCUGGUUGUAUUUUUGUGUCCCAUAGGUCAAUAAUACUGAUUUGGUUCAUUUGCUUUUGUAUGCCUUUGCAACUGUAGCAGGCACGUUUGGGUUUUUAUUUUUCUUGUUUGUCAUUUUUCAAAUGCUGUAUUUUUAAAUUUUCCAAAAACUCAUGUAUUUCAUGUUUUAGCGAGGCACUUUUUUUUCCCUGUAUCUGAUGAAUUGAAGGUUUGAGCUUUCACACUGUCAGAGGUUUUAUUGGAGGGUGGUGGAAGAUUUCACUUUGUUGGGUUCUGUGUGAGCUUUUUUUUUUUUCCUCUCCCGUACAGUGAAGACAGUAACGCACACUCCUCAGUUUACCGACAUGCCUGGCUCUCGCAGUGUUCUCCCCCUCCUAGCAGCUCCCUUUGAGUGCGUUUUUACUAACACCGUCGUCUUUUUGACUGUCAUCUCGCUGAAUCUACCUUUUCAACAUGCGCAAUCCAAAGAUACUUUUCCAUGUCUGUGUAUACUUUCUGAGUUUUCAGGUGUACAUGUUUAAUGCUAUGAGUUCUAAUAGUCUGAUGGUAAAUGGGUACAUAUCAUGGAUCUGUAAAAGCAUAUUAUGUACUGGAAGCAUAAAAGGCAUAAGGUUGGGUCGUUCCAGUGUUCAUCUGUCGCUGCAGUGAGAGGACUGGACACAAAACCUUAGAGCAGACAGUUUUACCAUCCGGAUAAAAAAAACACGUUUCGCUGUGAAAGAGAAACACCAAUGGAAUGAAAUCCACUUUAAGACAUAUCAAUAUUUAUCUAUUUUUUCAGGAAACAACUUCAUUUUAUGUCCAGAUUUUGUUACUUCAUGAAAAAGGAGUUUUCUAAAGUUUGAAUGAAGUGCAAAAAGUGGCAAGUGAUCAUGCGGUUUGUUUUUGUUUUUCUUUGUUUGGAGGUAAGAUAAGCUGUCAUUUUACAGGAUGUAUAUUACAGAUUUAU